GCCAAACCUUGUUUGCGCAGAAGUUAUCAUUCCGAAUGCGUCUCAGUCUUCGAUCGCCAUUCAAGAAGCUCGCUUUGGCGUGUGGUGGGAAUAGGGGAUAGCGAGCGGCGGUCGGAGACAUUCUUCGGACAACCUUUGUCUCGGGAACCAACUCAGCGAAGAUGCAUGGGCGUGAAUUGAUGGCUUUCAGUUCAUUGACCCAAGUUAUUGUCCAUUAUCCAGCCUUUUGCCCAACAUGCUGAUCCCUAAGAACAACCGCAAGAAGAUCUACCAGUACCUCUUCCAGGAGGGUGUCAUGGUUGCCAAGAAGGACUUCAACGCCGCCAAGCACCAGGACGUUGAUGUUCCCAACCUCCAGGUCAUCAAGGCUCUGCAGAGCAUGACCUCCCGCGGUCUUGUUGCUACCCGUUUCUCGUGGCAAUACUACUACUACUACCUCACCAACGAGGGUAUUGAGUACCUCCGCGAGUACCUUCACCUCCCCGCCGAGAUUGUGCCCCGCACUUUCAUCAAGACCACCAAGAGCGGCCCCCGCCCUGGCGCCCGUGACGGUGAGCGUCCCCCCCGUCGUGACGGUGAGGGUUACAGGCCCCGUGGUGACGGUGAGCGUGACUACCGCCGCCGUGACGACCGCCCCGCUGGCGAGAAGAAGGAAGGUGCCACCGGUGACUGGAGGCCCGAAUUCCGUGGUGGUGUCGGCCGUGGUGGACCCCGCCCCGCCCAGCAGUAAGCGGUCGUUCCAGGCUACUUCCCGGGAGGCUGCAGUCGCAAGGCGCCGUCGGAAUGUGUCCAUAGUCUGCCCAAUCAUUGUACUAAGCACUAUAUCAAUACAUUGCCCGAUUGCUCCCAUUUA